AAUUUUUGGCGGGAAAUUUUAGCACAACUAACGUGGCGAGUUCACCUUUGUUGCGGGAAUAUUUCUAAGGAAAUUCAAUUUUCCACUAAGUUUUAUAAUUAAUAAUGACUACAGACGUUGAUCAACGCAUUCGUGAUCUCCAGAGGGAGUAUUUAGACUUCCUGGAUGAUGAUGAUGAUCAAGGUUUUUAUCAGAAUAAAGUACGUGAUAUGAUCAAUAACAAUGAGGUUCGCCUUGUUGUGAAUAUAAAUGAUGUACGUCGAAAAGUUCCAAAAAGAGCUCAAAGUUUAUUGAACGAAUGCUUUGAAGAAGUGAUAGCUUUCCAAAGAGCUUUGAAAGAACUUGUAGCAUCUACUGAUCCAGUUUACAGUAAGCAGUAUGAAGAUUUCUUCAUUGGUUUUGAAGGAAGUUUUGGUAGUAAACAUGUGACUCCUCGCAGUUUAACCUCCCAUUAUCUUGGAAAUAUGGUUUGCGUAGAAGGCAUUGUAACAAAAUGUUCGUUAGUGAGGCCAAAAGUUGUACGAAGUGUGCAUUAUUGUCCUGCAACUAAGAAGGUUAUAGAACGACGAUACACUGACUUGACUUCAUUAGAAGCUUUCCCAACAAGUGCAGUUUACCCAACUAAAGAUGAAGAUGGGAAUUUACUGGAGACUGAAUAUGGCCUUUCUGCGUACAAAGACCACCAAACAUUUUCAAUUCAGGAAAUGCCUGAAAAAGCUCCUGCAGGUCAGCUUCCUCGAUCUGUUGAUGUUAUUGCUGAUGACGAUUUGGUUGAUUUAUGCAAGCCAGGAGACCGAGUACAAGUCAUUGGAACUUACAGAUGUCUUCCUGGAAAAAAGAAUGGAUAUACUUCUGGGACAUUCAGGACAAUUCUGAUUGCCAACAAUGUCCAGCUCCUAAGUAAAGAAAUAUCGCCUGUCUUUUCUGCUGAUGAUGUUGCUAAGAUUAAAAAGUUUAGCAGACAGAAAAAUGUGGAUGUUUUUGAGUUGCUCAGCAAAAGUAUGGCACCUUCUAUACAUGGUCAUGAAUAUAUUAAAAAAGCUGUCUUGUGCAUGUUACUUGGAGGAAAUGAAAAAAUUCUUCACAAUGGAACACGGUUAAGAGGAGAUAUUAAUAUUUUACUUAUUGGUGAUCCAUCAGUUGCAAAGUCUCAAAUAUUAAGGUAUGUUUUACAGAGCGCUCCAAGGGCUAUUCCAACAACUGGUCGAGGGUCAUCUGGUGUUGGUUUGACUGCUGCUGUUACAACUGAUGCUGAAACUGGUGACCGCAGACUUGAGGCCGGAGCUAUGGUAUUAGCUGACAGGGGUGUUGUGUGCAUUGAUGAAUUUGAUAAAAUGUCUGACAUUGAUAGAACAGCCAUUCAUGAAGUUAUGGAACAAGGAAGAGUCACCAUUUCCAAAGCAGGAAUCCAUGCUAAGCUUAAUGCUCGUUGCAGUGUUCUGGCUGCUGCGAAUCCAGUGUAUGGCCGAUAUGAUCAAUAUAAAACCCCAAUGGAGAACAUUGGUUUGCAGGACUCCUUGCUGUCCCGUUUUGAUUUGCUGUUUAUUGUCCUUGACAAGAUGGAUCCUGAAAAUGAUCGAAUGAUUUCUGAGCAUGUUCUUCGAAUGCAUAGAUAUCGAUCUCCAGGUGAACAGGAUGGAGAUGCUCUUCCUAUGGGAAGUUCUGUGGAUCUUUUGGCUACCAAGGAUCCUGAGGCAGAAGAGAAAGAUGCAGAGACACCAAUUUACCAGAAAUUUGAUAAUAUCCUUUAUUCCAAUAAAAAAUCCAAACAUGAUCGUAUAGUAACUGCAGAGUUUAUGAGAAAGUAUAUCCAUGUGGCAAAAGCUUUGAAACCAGUUCUCACCUCUGAAGCUACAGAAUUUAUCUCUGAUGAAUAUGCAAAACUGAGAAGUCAAGAUAGUUUGCAUGGUGAUUCAAGUUUAGCUCGGACCCAGCCUGUAACAGCUCGUUCUCUGGAAACAAUGAUUCGGUUGUCCACAGCCCAUGCAAAAGCUCGUCUUUCUAAAACUGUGGACCUUGAAGAUGCCGAGGCAGCUUUGCAACUUAUUGAAUUUGCUUAUUUCAAAAAAGUUCUACCUAGAGAGAAGAGACAUAAACCACAUGCAGAUGAAUCUGAAGAUGAAAGCCAAGAUGAAGAUACAGAAAAAACAAAGUCUUCUAAAAGAAAAACAGGUGAGCAUCAACGUAAACCUCCAAGAAAGGAAGGAGAUGAAGGCUAUGAUCCAUAUGACUUUGAACGGGGUGAUUCAACACGGCCAGCUGCUGCUACAGAUAAAGAGGCAACAUCUGAAGAAACUCCUAGUAAGAAGCGUCGUACUCAAGAAAGUGAUAAAGCUGCAACUGUCAUUGAUGAGAGCAGAUUGAAAAUUUUCAAGUCAGCCCUGUUCCAGUUGUUCAAGAAUGAAAGAGCUCAAUCUCUAGAAUUGGAGAAAGUAAGGAAUUAUGUCAAUGAAGAGAAUCCAGAUAAUAAAUUUGAGGAAAAUGAAUUAAUGGCAGCUAUCAAUAAAAUGAUGGAUGACAAUCAGAUCAUGUUAGCAGACACAGUCAUCUUUUUGAUUUAAAUGUAACCAUGGCGACUGAACCACUAUUAAAAGUGGUUUUUCUGAAAAGUAAUUUUGGAAAGAUUGAGAUGUAAAUGUUGUUGAUAUGUCAUAUACACAUACAUGCAUAAACAUAUAUUCAAAUUAGAACUUUUGAAACGAACUCUGGGAUUCGAAUCCAAUUUCUUUAAAUUUCAUCAAGAUGUAUUUCUCAGUAAGUUGGUGUCUUCUGCUCUCUUUAUCCAUUGGUUCCAGGAGAAAUACACAAACAUUCAUCCUUAUUUACUUUUGCUUAUAUCCUUACACAUGGAAUAUUAAUAAUUGCUCUAAAUUAUUUUAGGUAUGUAUGUACCUGUGAGA